AUCUACUGCCAUAUUUGUGGUGUCAGUUUCAAUAUCGCCCGACGCCCGAAACUGGGAGAGCCGGAUCUGGCUAGCUGGGACUAUACUGGUGGAUUGUGCGAUCAGCCGGGAGUCGACGGAGUAGAUUUGGAACAGUGCGUUCGGAAUGGCUGCUUUGUGGCCAUUAAUUACCCAAAGGAUGAUAGCGACAACAUCCUUGAAGAUCCAGACUAUGUCCCUCCAGAUGGAGGUGAUCACAGCGACCUCGGUGAAUACGACUCAGAGUAUGAAUCAGCCGAUACUAUGAGUUUAUCUGCGGAGGAGGAUGAGGAGGAUAUAAAUAGUGACUCGAGUGAUGACGAAAAGAAGAAUACUAAAAUCGAUUCUUACUCGAACUGGUUGGUGAAAACUUGGAAUCCGCAUGCCAGAUUCCUCAGAGAACGCAUUGAUAACUUCGGACAUUCAAUUAAUCGUUCUCAUGAUGAAUAUGGGUUGCCUAUCCAGCCACACACUUUGUCAGAGAGAGAAAACCCAGAGCUGGAGCAAUUCCCCAGUCGGACUGGCAGAGUGGCGAAUGCGUAUUCAGGUUAUGCGAUAUCGCCCGAAGAGAUGAUAGGGUGUCGCACGGCCCAGUGCUUGGUCCACAAAAGCGCAAUGCAAGGACAAACGCAACAUAUCAAAUAUUUUGAGCCUUGGGAGGCUUCUGAAGAUUGGUUCUUGUCUGGAUUGUCUGACGGUAUGCCGUCGCGCGAUUGCAGUUACCCAGAAGUCUGGCCUGCGCAAGGUGGAGUCAAGGAGCCACGAGCUGAGAAUACCAAUUUUGAUCCAGAAUCGACACCUUCAGACGAAUGGGCCAUGCCGUUCCAUCCUUGGUGUUUCGAUAUCUUCUGCCGCCAAUCCAAAGCUCGGUUCAAUCGCAUCAACAUCUCAGGGCUUAUGAAGUGGCGUAAUUCCGAAUUCUCCUACCAUGACUUUCGCAAAUUUCCUCGAUCAAAAGAUGUUCGCAAGAGUCGAGAACAGUUCUGGCAGCAUUUACCAGGCAAGGAAUAUCUGGCCGCCAACCCACUUUACGUGCCAGGUUUGCCGAGCCUCUUGCUUAAUGCAGCCAACGAAGAAGAAAACCUAUCUCACGGCGGGAUAGAGGGAUCCCAAGUUUCUAAGAGGACUCACGCUCUAUUGCAGGUUGGUCAUAAUGAUGUGUUUGCUUCUAUGCCUCCCGAAAUAUGUUUACUACUAGUUAGCUUCCUGCAUGCUGGUGACCUCAAUAACUUGAGGAUAGCUUCCAAGGUGUUUACCAGACUUCCAAAUACUGUUUGGUGGCAACUUGUCCAAGAGGAGAUGCCCUGGCUAUGGGAAUCUUGCCAUGACAGCAAUGAAGUCCACUUUCCUUCAUUCUGGACAGCAGUGACCGCAAAUUCUCUGAAGUUGUUCAAGGAAGAACGGAAGCGCUAUUCAGCGCAGCUGCGAGAUGUUUAUACUCCGACUAGUGAGGCAGUUGACUUCCUACUUCCAUUUCCAAAAGAGGUACCCGAUCAGCUACAGCUCCCAAGAAGAAAUACCAAUUGGCACAGGGUUUAUACGCAGAUCAAGAAAAAUUGGAGCAGCCUCAGGGGAUUACGAAAUCGACAGCGGAUCUGGAAAGAUGUGGAAGAAAUUAUCAAGCGGAUUGAAAAGUAUGAGACAUAG